AUGUCUGUCUUGCGUGCAUCGAGGAACAUUGUUUUUGGUGUAUUUACACGCCCCAUUGCGGCUCCUAGUACGAUUGCCACUACGCGCAUCGCUAUGAACGCCCGUCACUAUUCCGACAAGGGCGCCGAGGAGGCGAAGCCCGAGGAGGAGAAGCCUGCGGAAGAAGACACGAACGGCGUCGAUGCACAGCUGAAGGAGAAAGACGACCGGAUCAAACAACUUUCUGACCAACUCCUGUAUACCAAGGCUGAGAUGCAGAAUAUUCAGCGCCGCGCCGCGGAAGAAAAGUCUGCUGCUACACAGUUCUCGAUCGCAAAGUUGGCCAAAGACCUUACCGGAUCGAUUGAUGUGCUGGAUCUUGCACUCGGGUCGAUUCCAGAGCCGUACCGCUGCCCUGGUAAGGAAGGCGACACGGGCGACUCGCUUAAAGUGCUCCACGAAUUCUACGACGGCGUGAGCCUUACGCGCAAGAGCAUCCUUGAUAUGCUCCGCUCGCACGGCAUCGAGCAGUUCAACCCGGUCGGCGAUGAUUUUGAUCCGAAGUUGCACGAUGCUCUGUUCCAAGCACCGAUCCCUGAUAAGAAGGCAGGUUCCGUAUUUGAAUGCAGUCAGGUCGGCUACAUGAUCAAGGACCGUCUUCUGCGCCCUGCGCAGGUCGGUGUCGUGCAAGAAAGUUCGUAA